AUGUCGCAUGAUAGUACGACGCGUUUCAUUGCGGCGGUUCGGGAGCAACCAGUGUUGUGGAACGUGGCACUAAAUGCAUAUCGAAACGGCAUGGCGCGGGAAAGAGCGUGGGCGAAAAUAGCUGAAAAGCAGGGCUUUACCAUCAGCGAAGUGAAGGAAAAGUGGAAGAGUCUUCGUUCUUCCUAUCGGCACUACACCAAGGUCCGGAAGGACAGCAUGUCAUCCGGAGCAGGAAAUACGACCCUCGCAGCCGACAUUUACCUUCCGAAAACUCGGUUGAAGGCUUCGGAACGUGUGGAUCCAUCCCAGGAUGCAGUGGUGAUGGAAGAAUGGUUGGAUGAUGCACUAUUGGAUACUGCUGCGCGGGAAGUGGUGUUGGAGGAGGCGGUUUUGGAGGAGGAGGUGUUGGAGGAGGAGGUGUUGGAGGAGGAGGUGUUGGAGGAGGAGGUGUUGGAAGAGGAGGUGGUGAUGGAGGAAGAGCAUCAACCAAGCCCAUCCCAUCGGCAAUCGGCGGUACGAUCAACCCGUCAAAAUCGACACGAGGAGAACUCCCGCAUCGAUGAGGAAUGCAGUGAGGCACUACAGUCGUUGGUUGAAAUGAACCAUGCGAUUCUGGACCACCUGAAUCGUCCAGAAAUGCACUAUGUGUCCUCAUUGCGAGAAAAGCUGAAGCAACUUUCCCCCCGAAAGAGAACGGCUGUUAUGAUCGAAAUCGACGCCCUGGUAAACAAAUAUCUGGAGAGAGAAUUGGCAAAUCAAUAG